AGGAGAUGCUAUAAUGAAUUUAAAAGCUAUUCUUUGCUUCACGGGCCUGUUUAUUCUUUAAAGCUAUGCAGACUCUACUCUUGCCGGCAGCUCGCUCCGGCGUCGCACCACCAGCUCCACCGUUCACGGCGAGGAUAGCAAAGACUCUGCCUUCCUAUCUCCACCACCCAUUGAUUUCCUCUAACGCCACGCCUAACCUUCAUUCAUCUCUCUCUUCAGUAAAAUCACUCCAAUUUUUAUCUUCACCUUGCUUGAUUCUCAAAAAUCAUGACAGGAAAACCAAUGCUUCCUCCCCCAUUUCUGCAGAGUUUAGUUCUCCCAGUGACGAUUCUGAAAAGGUCAAACUCGCUCAGGUUUCAAAGAGAUUAGAGAGCACAUCUAGGUAUUUCAAGAGACUGGGAGGUUUAGGAUUUUGGGGACAGUUAGUUUGCACGGUUGUUGCUGCUGUAAUCCUUUCAUUUUCAGUCAUCGUUACUGGGAAGAUUACAUCACCAGCUACCUUUUAUGCAACUGCUGGUGGCAUUGCAGCUGCUUUCGUCUCUGUCUUCUGGUCAUUUGGCUAUAUUCGUUUAUCUGAUAAGCUUCGGAAAACAGCUAACGAUCCUUCAAAGGCUCCUCCUCGUGCAGAUGUUGUAAGAAGCCUGAAGAACGGAAUAGUAGUAAACCUGUUGGGAAUGGGCGCUGCUAUACUCGGUAUGCAAGCAACUGUUGGUUUGUUGGUUGCUAAAGCUCUUACAACCUCGGCCAAUCCUUAUUACCAGGGUCUCUCUGCUGGGAAUAGUCCUGUUCUUGCCUUGGAUGUGUUCUUGGUGCAGGCAUCUGCAAAUACUAUCCUCUCACAUUUUUUAGGUCUAGUGUUCUCUUUGGAGCUACUGCGUUCAGUGACAUUACCACCUUCAGAAAAUGUUCCAGUAUUCAAGACUGCAUGAGCUUUAUGUGCAGGCUGAGUGAAAGUACUUCCGGAAAUUUGAUGAGAAAAAGAUAUUGGAUACACGGGCUUGGAAUAUUGUUUGUGAGAUGUGUUGAACCUAAUUAUGCACUUUCUUUAAUUAUGUAACAAUACUCUUCUUGAUGCAAUUCCAAGGCAGAGCUGAGUUAUUGUACUCAAUCAAUCAAGCUUUGAAAAAUGAA